AUGGAAAAUGUAAUGAAACCUGACGUCACGUUCGGAGAACAAAACGAUAGGUUUGACUUGACGAACUUCAUAAGAAGACAGAAGAAAAUAUACAAAGAACAAACAGCAUUCGACCGGCAGUCAGAAGAAUAUAGAAGAAGGGGGAAAGACGACAAAUCAUGGAUGGACCUCUUCAGCACAAAGAAGGAUAGAAAGAAAAUAAGGAACUUUUUGAUUAGAAGAAUAGAGGAUCACGCUAAUCAGAUUGCUAACACCUUGAUAACUAAAUUACGAUCUCUUAGACGACAAGAAGAUUUUGCCUAUCACGACAAUAUGGUCAGCGAUGAGACAAGCAUUCAUGAUUACGAGAGAAACUUAAAGAGCUUCAAUAAUACUGAUUUACUAGAAAAAAACAGGUCAAGACGUUUACAGGACAUAGUGCAUAGACUACACGGACAGGAGACGCGGAGAAUAGUGUUGAAACCUGAGAAGGAAAUACUACUGCACUACGCACUACCGGUUAAAAUGAAGAUAGAGGGGUUCUUACAGCCGGCGGUAAAUGGAGAUAAUAAAUAA